GCACUGUCUAGCUACGAGACUCUCGUUUUUUUGCUUUUAGUUUUCAGUGUCCCAACCAUCGUGGUCUCCAUGCUCGCUUCUCGAGCUGCUGCUCGUUCAUGCUGCCGGUCAGCUAGAGCCCCGGCACGAGCCGCGGUAGCAGCCCGGCGCUAUCACGGUCUCGCUCAGAGCAAGCUCUUCAAGGUGUCUGAGGAAGUCCGCGAUGCUGUUGCUACUGGGAAGCCUGUCGUGGCUCUCGAGUCGACCAUCUAUACUCAUGGAUUUCCCUAUCCUGAGAGCGUUGCUCUGGCAGAGUUGCUAGAGUCGGUCGUCCGGUCCAAUGGCGCUGUGCCUGCUACAAUUGGAAUUCUUGGUGGCGAAGCACGCGUUGGAUUAAGUCCCGAGGAGCUUGUCGAGCUAGCAUCAGCUGCGGAGAAGAAGAAUGCGCUGAAAGUGUCUCGGCGAGACCUUGGUUACAUCUGUGGCUUGGGGCUGGCUGGCAAACGCCUUCAUGGGGGUACAACGGUGUCUGGCACGAUGGUGCUCGCGCACUUGGCGGGGAUCAAGAUAUUCGGCACUGGUGGACUAGGUGGUGUGCAUCGCGGCGGCGAGAACUCCAUGGACAUCUCCGCCGACCUUACUGAACUGGGACGCACACCGGUGGCGGUUGUCAGCUCUGGGUGCAAGAGCUUCCUGGACAUCCCGCGUACGCUCGAAUACCUCGAGACGGAGGGCGUCUGUGUGGGAACCUUUGCCGAUGGUCGCCAGGGCUCUGUGGACUUUCCUGCAUUCUACACCCGGGACAGCGGGCUGAAGAGUCCAAAGGUCAUUCAAAAUGAGGCCGAGGCCGCGGCUAUUGUCUACGCCCAGUCGCAAAUCCCCGUCUCGUCGGGCAUCCUUCUUGCCAACCCGGUACCACUUGAGCACUCUGUUGCAAAGAGUGAUAUGGACCAUAUCAUCGACGAAGCUCUUCGCCUCGCCGACGUCGAGGGCUACCAUGGAAGUGACAACACGCCCUUUGUGCUGGCCAAGAUCAAGGAACUCAGCGGCGGAAAGAGCGUGAUUGCCAACCGAGCUCUGGUAGAGGCGAACGUGAAGCGCGCGGCCAAGGUUGCCGUAGAACUCUCCAAACUGGAGCGGUCUGGGGGGGCGCUCAAUGAACGACACAUGCCAGCUUUCUCCGGGACCAGUAGGGCUGACCAAGCGACUGAAACAGAGCUGGAGCAUGCAACUAAGACUCCACUGGAGACUAUAACCAAGGCGGAUGUCCUCGUGGCUGGCUCCUUGGCCAUCGAUCUUUCCUGCGACUUUGCCCCGGCCGAAGCAAACACCACGACGCCCGCUUUGCAGACAUCAAACCGCGCCGUCAUCGGACAGAGCCUAGGGGGAGUUGGACACAAUGUGGCCAUUGCCGCAAGGUAUCUGGACAGCUCAGUGUUGUUCUGCAGCGUUGUGGGUGAUGACCUAAGCGGCCAAGCUGCGCUGUCCAGUCUCCGACAGGAGGGUCUCUCCACAGCCGCCAUCAAGGUGCUCCCUCCGUCCUCCGGAGCACGCACGGCCCAAUACAUCGCCGUCAACGAUGCGAAGAAAGACCUAGUGGUAGCCAUGGCCGACAUGGCAAUCAUGGAACUGCCAGAGCAGGCACUAGACUUUGACAACUUCUGGGAACCAAUGAUGUCCCGCGCACAGCCUCAAUGGGCAGUAGUCGACGGCAACUGGAACGACGAAGUCCUAAGCAAAUGGGUAUCCCUAGCCAAGAAGCACAAGGCACGGGUAGCCUUUGAGCCCGUGUCCACAGCGAAAAGCCGUUGUCUAUUCAGGUCCGCCAUCAAACCACCUGACUGCGUUCCCAACAAUACCGUCAGCCUGGCCGCCCCGAACCAGUUCGAGCUCGCAGCCAUGUACCAGGCCGCGCGGGAGAACGGACACCUUGACUCAGAGGAAUGGUGGCGGAUCAUCGACGCCAUGGGCAUGACGGGAUCAGGGUCGCGCGAGCGACUAGUGGCCAUGACCUCGGCGACGCUGGUCGACCAGGGAAUCCCGCAGCAAAGCAUCCAGCUACUGCCGUUUAUCCCAUGCGUGCUCACCAAGCUAGGCCGGGAAGGCGUGCUUCUGACGCAGCUGCUGCGGCCGGGCGAUGCGCGACUGACGAGUCCGGAGUCAGCACCGUAUAUCCUCUCGCGGGCGUUGACGUCGGACGGGCUGAUCGGGGGAGUGUACCUGCGGCUGUUCCCAGCUGCAGCAGAGCUAGAUGAAAAGGACAUUGUAAGCGUCAACGGAGCGGGCGAUACGCUGCUGGGAGCAGUAGUGACAGGACUGGCGCGGGGAGGAGCUGUGGAAGAGGUGAUUCCACGAGCACAAGAAGCGAGCGUAAUGACAUUGCAGCAGGAGGGGGGAGUAAGUAAAGAGAUAUCCAGACUGGCUGGAAGUAUAUAGUGCGUUCAUACUCAUCCAUGAUCUAUGAAUUCGCGUUAAACAGAC